UUUUUUUUUCUUUUUACGGCUGUCUCAUCUCUUCUCGACUGUGGCGCCACCGGUGAAUGGUGGACAGAUCUGAAAGGUCCGUGGCUGUGUCUACUGCUUUUUUGUUUUCUUCGAAAGGAAGUGUUUGUUUACUUUCAUCUUUCUUUACGAUACGCUGCACCGCUUGUAGUCUAGUCAUGUGUCAUGCGCGUGGUGGCAUCUUCAAUUAACCCUUCGUCGUCAAUUGAACCUUCACUUAAGACGCUUUGUGUGAGGGCAUGAAGCAUUGCCUUUGCAGUCUUUGCAGCGCCGGCAAAAGGAAGUCUGAUCACUGGCUUCUGCUUUCUUGCUUUUUCAAAUACUAGGUUCAAAACAGGUUUCAUUUCUGAGUUAGAUUUAAACAUGAAUCCUCCAGAGGUUGUCAGUGACACUAGAACAACACAGCAAGAUCUGGAAGAAAAUGGACAGACGUCGGCAACUAUUACUGAUGAUUCUGCAAGCAACCAGAAGACUGAUCGAGAACCAACAGCAAUCGAAGAUGCAAAAGUUCAUUGUUGCAUAAAGACUUUAUCAAAAAUUAGUGCCAAUGUUUCCCCGAACUUGAUUUGUCCAAUGAUGACAAAACUUCACUUUCUGGCCACUCGUUUAGAGAUUUAUGCAAUGCUUGGUGCUCUGUUUUAUGUUGUUAUUUCUUUCCCCUGGGCUGAGUCAAUUCGUGACUCAGCUCUUCAACUUGCUGGACUCUACAUAACUGCACAGUUAUUUGGCGUAGUUACAGGUUUUGCUCGUCUUCCACCAUUGCUAGGCAUGCUAUUAGCUGGUGUAUUGUUAAGGCAUGUUGGCUUUUUUCAUGCUGAAGGCCUAUUUCUUAAAUUCACUGCCACUUUGAGGACUACUGCCAUGACAAUGAUUCUUAUCCGUGCUGGUUUGGGACUUGAUGCUUCUGCCCUCCUUCGUCUAAGUAUGGUUGUUGUGCGGCUCUCUCUGAUUCCAUGCACUAUAGAGGCAGCCACUGUGGCAGUCAUGUCCCACUUCCUUUUAAACUUCCCUUGGCAGUGGGGAUUUUUGUUGGGUUUUGUUGUUGCAUCUGUCUCACCUGCAGUGGUUGUACCUUCUCUCAUUGUGCUUCAGUCUAAUGGCUAUGGUGAGAAUAAGGGUGUUGCCACCCUAGUGAUUGCUUCAAGCAGUAUUGAUAAUAUUUUUUCAAUCACUGUGUUUGGAGUGGUUCUUUCAACAAUAUUUUCAAAAGGUUCUGUUACUGAAGUUAUUAUGCAAGGCCCUUCCGAGGUAUUGAUAGGAAUAACAUGGGGCUUUUUAAUGGGGAUUAUCUCAAUUUACAUUCCUCACUGGGAAGAGAGCUCUGUUACCCAAUUGCGCACAAUCAUGGUUGGUGCUAGUGGUCUCUUGACUGUCCUUGGGAGUCAACUUGUUGAUUAUACUGGUGCUGGACCCCUAGGAUGUAUCGUUGGUUCCUUUGUUGCGGCCUGUGGCUGGAAAGCUUUCAGUCCUGUAACUUCUUAUGCACCUGUUUUGGUCAACAUGAAUGAGUGCUGGUUGUUUUUUCAACCUUUUCUAUUUGCACUUAUUGGAACGGAAAUUAAUCUGAAAACUCUGGAUCUUGACAAUACCUUGCUAGGUCUUGGUAUCAUAUUUGUGGGCGUUCUGGUGCGAAUAUGUAUUUGCUGUUUAGCUGUGCAAGGUUGUGGAUUCAACUUAAAAGAAACUUUAUUUGUUGGUUUAUCCUGGUUACCUAAGGCAACGGUGCAGGCUGUUUUAGGACCAGUUGCACUGGAUAUGGCGCGGUCUACUGAUGAUCAUACAACAAUUCACUAUGCCAGUCAAGUACUGACAAUUGCAGUUUUGUCAAUAAUUCUGACUGCUCCAAUUGGCGCAAUCGCAAUACAACAUUUAGGCCCUGUUCUUUUAACAAGAAGCAAAAGAGAGGAGAGUGGUAAUGAAGUUGGGCAGCCUCGUGGGCAGCAAAGUACAGAGCUGCAAAUGAUCAAUUGAGUCUGCAGCCAGGUAGCUAAUGGUACUUUGGUACUUAUUCAAUUCCAAGCCGCAUGUGAAUCAGUCGCACCUCAAAUCGUAAAGGGGAGUAAAAUGAAAGACUUCCAUAUGGUCCCUUCAAAACGGGCACUCGAUUCUAAGCUAGACCCCUACUUUUGGGUUUCAAAAUCAGAAGAAUAGGUGCAGCUUAGAAUAGGGUAAGUAAAGUACAGUAUGUAGCUGCGUUAUCAGUUUUUAGAUUGAUGUACUUAUUAUCAUCAUUUUAAAGUAAAUUUUUAGAAUUAUUUUUCCCUUGGGAGAGAACAGUUAAAAAAUUGUGAUUUCUUGCUGUGAUAUCUUUUUUUUUUUUUUUUUUUUUAACUGUUCUACUUAUAUGUCUUUAUUUUAAAAGAAAAUUAUUGGCUUGUAGGGUAUCAUUUUUCUGGAGAAUGUUUACUUACUUUUAGCAUCUAUUAUGAUAGUGGUUACCACAACAGCCAAAUUUUUCUGACUUUACUUGUAUCUUUUCUAUAGUUAUAAGCUAAAUGGUAAGUAUGUAGUCUGACCAAAAAUUGACUGACUAAAAAAUGUUUUUCAUGCUUGACUGAUAAAUGUACAGUUGUGCUUAGCAGGUAUACAUUAAUAAUUAAGAGAUAAAACUAGUACUGUACAUGUAACACAAGAUCAUAUAUAUUUUAAUUAGCUAUAAUAAUUCUUUUAAAAUUUUAACUAUGCCAAGAAAUCUUGGAUAGAGAUUAAAAUUGAUGAUAGACACAAUUAAAAAGAACAUGGCGACAAUCAUUGUUUAACGGUUGUAGGGACUAUCAAUAAAACAUGGGCCACAGAGAUCUAGUAUACCGUCUUUUUCAAUGAGAAUCUUCGCGGUGUUAGCACAGGCUUGUGCACAACUGGUGAUGAAACUGCAGAGAAAAUAUUAUUAAUGAUAAGGCAAGAUAGAAAACUUUCAAAUACUCUAACAAAGUUCUCCUUACUGGGCACCAAUUUGUUUUCAUCUGACGGUUCUUCAUUUAAAUUUGAAACUAUAUGAAGAGAUCCACAUCCUGAUUUUCGUCUCUUCUGAAGUUUCCACAGUGCAUAUUGAUUAUCUGAAAGAAAUCAAAAUACUGCAUCAAGAACACACACAGUUCCUUUACCUGCUAGUGAAGUUAAUUGUAGUUCUUGAAGCUAAGUUCCCAUUUCAAGUAGGUCAGACAAGGGAUAAAAACUUACACAUCUCAAUAAUAUCAGCUUUGCUCUCAGGCACCUUGUUAUUAAAAUCUAAAGACAUAAACAUAGACAGACAAAUUUUAAUUACGCUGUCCAAUAAAAUGUAAAUAUUUUGUGAUUUAAGAAUUUAUUAGAAACUUUAUUUUACCUUG